AUGAAAUUUCACGCAAUUUUGCUACUUUUUACCUGGGUUUGUAAUGUUGAGGGUAAGUUUUGGGUUUGAAAUAAAUUGUACUGUAGUUGUAGUUUUGUGAUACUGUGGGUCAGAUCUUGUGAACUUUCUUUACAGAACGAAAAAUAGCAAGAACUUUCUUUACAAAACACAAAAUGGCAAAAACUUUCUUUACAGAACGAAAAACGGCAAGAACUUUCUUUACAAAACUAAAAAUGAUAAAAACUGUCUUUACAGAACAAAACAUGGCAAGAACUAUCUUUACAAUGUGAUACAUAGUCGUACAUUAAAAAAUUAUAAUAUAUUGAAGUUAAUUUGGACACUUCAUUAUAUCUAUACCUAAAAUAUUGUUUCAGCUGUAAAGUUUUAUGGCGGUAUACCAGUGCCAGGCCGUAGAGUACCAGCUUUACGGUACUUUGAGUACUAUUUGGACUCUUGCUCAAAGCCAAAUGAUAAGAAUAAUGCUUUUGAUGAACUUAACAUGGUAAGUUACCUUUUACUGUUGUUCUCUCUUUAAAAAAUGUAAGAGUUGGCAGAUACUUGAGUUACAGUAACCGUACUAUCUAGUACAAUACUCUCGUAAGCUACUGUGAUACCUACUACAAUAUUUCAGCUGCUCCGCCGUUUAGGCACAGAAGAAAUAGCCGAAAAGACGCUGAACAACAUGUACUUUGCUGUUGAUGACAUUGAUAUUAAACAACUUAUGGGCAGAUGGCUUACCGUAGUAGAUUCCCCAUUUGUUCAUAAACAAUAUUGUGCUGUAAAUUACUAUAAACUGAAUGAGGAAUCUAAGUAUACGGCAAACUUUGUCACUCAACAAACGUCCAGGAACAGUGAACAAGUCGUGACAUACGAAGGGUUCGGCAACAAAGUAGGGCCGGACCCUGGAAGUGUGUUCAUUCAUACUGGCAAUCCAGCUGAUCCUUGUCCUUGUGAGUUUGAAGCUUUAAAGUACCCUACCCUACCCUACCCUACCCUACCCUACCCUACCCUACCCUACCCUACCCUACUCUACCCUACCUUACCCUACCCUACCCUACCCUACCCUACCCUACCCUACCCUACCCUACCCUACCCUACCCUACUCUACCCUACCCUAUUCUAUCCUACCCUACCCUACCCAGGCCUACAAUAUCUACCUUGCCGUAUUAGAUCAUACUCUACCGUAACUCAUCAUUUUAUCUAAUCAACCCUACAAUGCCCUAGCCAGCUUUAAAAUGCUUUGCUCUACCCCCUACUUAGUCUUACAAUACCCUACUCUAUAUCUAUCCAGGUCUAUAAUGCUCUACCCUACCCGUUGCCCAGCCUUACAAUGCUCUAUUCUAUUCCUUACCUAGACUGACAAUACUUUACCCUACCCUACAAAAUCAAAAUUUUACAUUUUUUUUUAAUUUUCAAACUGCCAUUUUUCAGUCAUCCCAGUAAAAGUUGGGCCGGUGAACAAGCCCUACAACCAAUUUGAAUAUGUCAUCAUGACAACGCCUUUAAAAACGCCUACUGUAGUUUUGGCUCGAGAUGCUACAGUAUUCAAGAAGAAGUAUCGACCAGAAGUCGAGGACUACUUGACUAGGUUCAAUUAUAUGAAUCCAGUCAGUCUGUUGAACCAACCGCUACACUUUUUGAAUGUCAGCAAUUGCAACACUUAUCAGCACUUUGACUAUGAUCUCGGGUUAGAUGACUAG